AUGGUGAGAAAGGCAAUUGGGGAUGCGGAAGAUAUCUCCGCAGGCGAGGACGAAUCUCUUUAUGAAAAUUUGGACCAUUUGAAAGACUUGAUCCAUAGCGGGGAUGAACGAUCAGAGAGGGAUGAAGACGAAGGGAGCAUAGAUGAUGAAGGCCAUGAUAGUAUGGCUGAUAAAAUUACACCCAGUGACCUUGACUCUGAUGAAGAAUACAGAGAUGAUGCGUUGCUGGCCGAGUUUUCCGACUACGGGGAAGUUUCAGAUGACAAUGACAAUGAUGACGAACAGGAUUUCAUGGAUGCGAUAAGGGAAGCCAACAACUUCAAAGUUAAGAAGAGAAGGGGCAAAGGUGCGAAAAAAGAGAAGGCACCGAAGAGGGAGCGACCCGUAGAUCCUGAGAUUGCCCAGUUGCUAUCUGAAGCGAAUGAAGCGUUUGUGCGAAGCGAUUUACCUGUAGCAGAGAGAUUGUUUAAUGAGGUCAUCAAGAAAGAUCCGAGAAACUUUGCCGCGUACGAAACACUAGGUGAUAUCUACCAGCUGCAAGGUCGCCUGAACGAUUGCUGUAACUCUUGGUUUUUGGCCGCACAUAUCAACUCCUCCGACAUAGAGUUUUGGAAAGUGGUUGCCAUAUUGUCUGCAGAUUUGGAGCAUUACAGACAAGCAAUAUACUGUUUCUCUCGUGUUAUUAAUUUGAAUAAACAGGACUGGGAGACAGUAUACCGCAGAGCAACGCUGUACAAGAAAAUUGGACAGACCGGAAAAGCACUGGAAGGGUUUCAGAAAAUAUACGCGAGCAAUCCAUACGAUGCUAAUAUCUUACGAGAACUGGCUGUACUGAAUGUUGAUUACGACAGACCGGAGACUGCCGUUGAGCUGUAUAUGAACGUUUUCAAGGACAAUGUGAAACGGCGUAAGGCGAUUAUUGAUGCGUUUGAAAACGCCGUAGGCUCCUCAGAUGAAGACAACGACACAUCCGACGACGAAGAAGACGAAGACGACGAAGAAGAUUUGGAUCAAAAUGCAGAGGACGAAACGAGAUUGGAGGAGAUGAGACUGUACCCAGGCAUCAAUUGGAGAAGAAUCAAUAGGAAGUUUCAAUGUAUUCCCUUCGACUGGUCCUCACUAAACAUUGUAGCCGAGUUACUAUUGAAAAUCCCGGGAAGAGUCAUUGAAAGUAUCAACACUAUCAAGAUGUGUGCUCGCUGGAUUGAACAUCGUGAAUUUCAGACGUUCUGGGACAAUGCAGUAGAUGACACCGAGUUCGACGACAGAAGACUGAAAAAUAGUAGGUACGACUCGUUAUCCGAUGAGGAAAAGGAAAAAUCAUACACUCUGCCAAUUGAUAUUCGGAUACGAUUAGGGCUUUUAAGACUUGAAAACGAAAAUAUCCUUGAAGCACUGAAUCAUUUCCAAUUCCUCUACGACGAAAAUUUUGCAGAGGUAUCAGACUUGAACUAUGAAGUUGGGUUAGCACUGACUAAAGCCGAAAAAUGUAAAGAAGCCAUUGAUUUCUUCAUUCCUUUGUUGUCACUAGCCGAAUUCUGCAAGAUUGAACUAUAUGAAAAUUUGGGGAAGUGCUAUAAAGAGACGGAAGAUUACGAAUUGGCCAGAGAAUUCUAUGCGAAGGUAGUGGAGCUGGACCCUGGAUCCUUAGAGCAUAAAUUGAAUUUGGCAGAAAUACACUAUUAUUUGGGUAACACGGAUAUCUUCAGAGUGAUGCUGAAGGAAGUCAAAGAGGCAAGAAAGAAGCAAGAGGAAGAAUUGUACAAAAAGCUGGAAAAUCCGCUGGCUGACCGUACAGAAGAAAAGGAGACGAGAAAAGGAAAGGAAAUGGAGCCGGAAGAAGAGUUUGAUGAGGAGAACACAGGCCCAAAAGAUAUAUCAACAAAACCGCUACUGGAGGACAGUAUGUUCAGGCAGUUUCACGGAAAGAGGAAGAAAACGCCCCAGGACAUUGAACGUGAAAAGGUGGAACGUGAAAGAAAGAUCACUUUGAAAGUUGUUGACAAAUUCUUGAAGUUAAAAGACUACGAGGAUGCGUUUGUAUUAGGUGAUAUGAAAGGGAUAAACAAAUGGAUUGAUAUUGUUUCGGAUCUGGUGGACGUUUUCUCUUCCGUUAAGAACUUCUUCGUUCGCAGCCGUUCCAAAAAGUUUGUUGGAAUAAUAAGACGGACAAAGAAAUUCAAUACAAUCCUAGACUACCAAUUGGAAAGACUUUCCAAAUUAUCCGAUGGUGACAGCUUGUCUGACGGUAUGCCAGUAAUGGAAGAAAGAGUUACGCUUACCUCAACUACAGAAUUGCGGGGUUUAUCGUAUGGCCAGUGGUUCGAACUGUUUAUGGAGCUCGCGCUAACACUUACAAAAUAUCACAACGUUCAAGACGGGUUGAGUGUCAUUGAUACAGCCCAAGAAGUAAACGUAUUUUGCCAAGACCCAAGUAGAGUUAAGAUGAUGAAAUUUGUGAAAUUAGCCAUUAUCUUGCAGAUGGAUGAAGAGGAGGAGCUGGCCGAGCAUUUGAGAAACUUGCUAAACCAAUUCCAAUUCAACAGGAAAGUAUUUCAGCUGUUCAUGUACAGUCUUUCAAAGGGUGAGUGUGCCUUUAACAUCCUUAGUUCGACUGUUCAACAGAAAUUCUUUUUGAGGCAGGUUAAAGCUUUUGAUAGUUGUCGCUAUGGUACACACGUCAAUGGACAGGCAUCCAUUACAAAUAAGAAAGUGGUCAACCCUGAUAAAAAGGGGUCGCCGUACCUUCACUAUAUCUACGCAGUUCUCCUGUAUUCCAGUAGAGGGUACCUAUCUGCCUUACAAUACUUGUCCUUGUUAGAAGAGGAGAUUCCAGACGACCCCAUGGUCAAUUUGUUGAUGGGUCUUUCCCACUUACAGCGAUCCACGCAGAGACUAACAGCCUCCAGGCACUUCCAAGUCCUUCAUGCUCUAAGAUACCUUUACCGAUAUCACGACAUCAGGAGCGGAUCCUACACAGAACUAGAAAAACAGGAAGCAGACUACAACAUUGGCCGAGCUUUCCAUUUGAUUGGACUAGUUUCCACGGCAGUAGCGUAUUACACUAAAGUGUUAGAAAAUUAUGAGGAUGACCAGUUAAAGAAACAUGCUGCGUACAAUUGUAUUAUAAUUUAUCAAGAAAGCGGUAACUCUCAGCUUGCAAACAGUAUAAUGGCCAAAUACUUGAGUGUAUAG